CACUCUAAUUUGUUAAAAUGAUCAUGUUAAAUAAUAUUAUAGAAAAUAUUUCGCUCAAUGUCAAGGUGAAAAAUGGCAGCCGCUGUCAAACUUGGUCGACAUUUGAAAGAACUUAGAAUUCACCUUUGUCAGAAAUCAGCUGCAAGCAAAGGUGUAAGAGAGUUUAUAGAGACACAGUAUGUUCCUCUGAAGAAAAGCAAUCCCAAGUUUCCUAUUUUAAUCAGAGAAUGCAGUGGAGUAAAUCCUGUAGUCUAUGCCAGAUAUGAGCAUGGUAGAGAACAGUGUGUACCAUUGUCAGACAAAUCUAGCAGUGAUGUGUUAAAAACAAUAGAAUCUUUGUCAUCAAAGUCAUAGACAUUUUAUAAUGAUAAAUAAUGAUUUUUUGAUACAACUGAAGCAAAAUAAAUACUUGUAAUAAAAUUAGAUAAAUAAAAAAGAAAAA